AUGGAGGUCAAAGGACAUCUGAUCACAUCCAUGGGUUUGGGGGCUCCAGAUCUUCAAGGCUGCCAGGAUAGCAAGCUACAAGCUGAGAGGGUCGCAGCCCUGCAGGAGAGGAAGCAGGUCCUGGAGGCUCUCCUCAACAGUCGAGUUGGAGAGCUCAAACAAGUUUGUUUGCUGGAGGCGGAGCUGACUGGGAAGCUGCCACGGGCUUUCCCCCUGGAGACAGGAGAGAAACCCCCCAUGGUGCAGCGCAGGGCAGGCCUAACGUCCAUCACACAGGUGGAGGAUGAGUCUGGCCAGACAAAGCAGAUGAAAGGCCUCUUCACCAGUGCUCUGUACAGACAGCUGGAAUCAGACCGAAAUGUCCCAAACAGCAAGAGGACAGUCCAUAGGGGGUGUCAUACAGAGGACACCGUGAUGUCAGAAAGCACCAGCUCCAUGUCAGAUUCAACAUCCCAUGAUAAUGAGUCUUCUCCCAGCGUGGCUGCUGAACAGCGCUCCCUGUCUCAGCCCCGACUCACUUUGGGCAGCCCUGAUCACAGGAUCAGCAGGAAGCUAUCUCCAGUAGAAAUCUACUACGAGAUGAGGACACGCCGCAACUCCGUCACCAGCUCUGUUAGUCCAAAUCACUCAUUACCGAGAAGUGCAUCAAAUGUUGAAGGCAGAAGCGUUCCAGCAACUCCACUGUUGGCUCGCACAGCCCCCAUCAGCGUCCAUGUCAGAUCGGAUGUGUCAGGAGGUAGCACGUUGAAACAGUGGUCUGGAAGCCUGGAUGUGCCACAUAUAAUCCCCCUGGCCCAAGAUGGCUCUUCCUCUGAUCGCCGCGGCUGCCCCUACAGCUCCCGUGCAAGACGCAGCAACAGUUCUGAGGCUUUGCUGGACCGCUCCAGCCUCCCUGAGGAUCCAGCACCUAGAAAUGGGAUGCCCCCCAAGGGCGGGCCCUACAAGAGCUCGGAGACCCUGACUGAUGGCAAGCUGCGACACAUCCACCUGGGAAGCCCUGAAAGACAUGUGGACGGCUCUGUGGAGCAGGCCAAAAUGCGUCUGUCCAUGGGGGGCAAAGGAGCAGGGGGGGGCUACAAUGAUCUUCUGAUGGAGUAUAUUUGGGGGAAACAGCAGAGGAUGCAGGUGCAGCACCACCUGUACCAGUCAACAGGUAGGAUCUGGCAGGACGCCACCUCCCCUCGCUCCUCCACUGCGGUUGUGCCUCCCCAUGCAAAUGGCUUCUCCCACUCCCAGGUACACCUUCCCAGUGCUGCACCUCCUUACAGUCCAAUGGUAAUCAGAGGGUCCCAGGCUGAGACGCGUAGAGUCAAAGUGACCAGAACCAAGUCCUGUGGGCCUUUCAUCCCCCUGCAGCAGCAGCAGCAGCAGCAGCAGCAGCAGGACACCAUCCUGCUGUCGGCUUAUGAAUCUCCUCAUCCUGCUUCAGGAACUACCACUUCCUCCAUACCCAACCUGCACCCUUACCAGACUGAGCUGUCUGGCCCCUUUUUCCAUCGCAGGCCCCCACAGUUCUCUCUCCCAACUCCAGAAGACUCUACGCGGAGCCUGCACAAAGCCCUGGCACUGGAGGGACUGAGAGACUGGUAUCUGAGGAAUGCUCUGGGAUACACUGCUGGGGCCUCAAAGGGCCAGGAAGCAGGGAUUUCUCGCCUCUCCCACCCGCACCCUCUUGUGCACCAGGCCCAGUCUAUCCAAGGGGAACCUCUCAAUCUCCACAGGCCUCAGAUACCCCAGUCAGCCAGCUUCCAUGGUCAUCCAUUACAUGGGAGGACAAUGGAGUUCUCCCUCUAUCAGGAGCCUCCUCAACCACAGAUGCAAGAGGUAACCCCAAAAGAACCCAGUGCAGACCCAGGGACUCUCGUCUGA